UUACCUUCCGUCCCUUUAAAGCCAUUCAAGAAUCAAGUUGGUGGCCACCAUCCUAUUUUCCGCUUCUCACGCAGAGCGGUCUGCAAGCCACUUGUGAGAAGGGAGAAUCAGUUUUAUGAAUCGAUAGAGCGUGAUCAUCCCCUAUUGUUACAGUAUAUACCACAGUAUCUUGGUACAAAUAAUUGUCGUACUAGUAGUAGACUUGAACAAUUCCUACUUAUGGAAGAUUUAACAGGCAGAUUAAAAGCACCCUGCGUACUCGAUCUAAAGAUGGGUACUAGGCAGUAUGGAGUUGAUGCAACAGAAGAUAAGAAAGCAUCGCAGAGGAAGAAAGCAAAAAAGACUACUUCACAUUCACUUGGACUAAGAUUAUGCGGUACACAAGUAUAUAACGUCCGCAAAAACGAGUAUACGUUCCAAGAUAAAUACUUUGGUAGGAAUGUACAAGCGAACAAUUUCACAGAAUCUUUAUCAGCGUUUUUAUACAAUGGUGAAAGAAUACUUGUUCAUCAUAUACCAGAUAUCUUAGCAAAGUUAUACAAAUUAGCGAGAAUAAUUUCUAGAUUGGAUGGUUAUAGAUUUUACGCUAGUUCACUAUUAUUUUUGUAUGAUGGUGAUGCAAAAAUUCAGAGAAGAUUAAGUGAAUCAUUUAGAGGGUAUAAUGCCAAAGUUGACCUAGAUACUGGUAUGCUCUAUGCGCGUUAUCCACCAAAGCAUCCGACUGAACCUGAUUAUGGAUAUUUAAUAGGAUUGUUGAAUCUC